AACAGAGCCUCGCAUCUUAGCCUACUUUCCAGACCGGACAUUCAGGAUGGCGGCUGUGGGACAGCAGGGAGUCGCGAUGGACGGCGAAGCCUGCGUGCAGGCCAUGAUGAACGAGACGGUCAUGACCAAACUCCGGGCUGGGAAGAAGAAGUUCAAACGUUACUAUCGUCUGCAGAAGGACCGGGAAACCAUCGUGUACAGCCCCACACGCCACAGCGCCGUGCCCGAGUGUACCAAACGCCUACCAGCCGAACAGGCAUAUGACGUGUCCAACAUCCUGGAGGUGUUUCUCAGCACGCUGACCUCCCGCAGCUCUCGUGUGGACAGGGAGAAGGCUGUCGGACUGUCCAACUGUUUCAGUAUCUCCUACAAAGAUCAGACUCCAACCCUUGACCUGAUCUGUGACAGCCCAGAGACAGCUCAGACCUGGGUCCGCGGCAUCCAACACCUCAUCCUGUCACGCACGGGCGAGACCAUCGUCAACAAGAAGGAGAGGUGGAUUGCAGAGUUCUUCCACUCUGCAGACAAGAACCAGAACGAGCGUCUGGACCUGAAGGAGGCGACCGGUCUGCUGAAGAGGAUGAACGUCCCGAUCAGCAGCUCGCACAUCAAGGAGAGGUUCCAGGAAGUUGAUCGGAACAGCAAUGGUGACCUUGACCUGGAGGAGUUUGGACAGCUCUACAGACAGCUGACCUUCAGACAGGAGGUCCAGGAUCUAUUCAACAGGGUUGCCUCAGCUCAAGGAACCAUGACGAUGCAAGACUUGCACAAGUUCCUCACUCAGGAACAAAAGGUCCAGGCAGAUGCAGAAACUUGCAGGAGGAUCAUCAACACGUAUGAACAGAUCAGUGAUGUGAAGGCUAGUGAUUCUCUAAGUUUGCAAGGUUUCACCCUGUACCUAGAGUCUAAGGACGGGGACAUCUAUAACCAUGCUCACGACCAGGAGUACCAGGACAUGUCCCAGCCCCUCAGUCACUACUUCAUCGCGUCUUCUCACAACACUUACCUUCUGGAGGACCAGCUGAGAGGCCCCAGCAGCAAGGAGGGCUACAUCAGGGCCCUGCAGAAGGGAUCGCGUUUUCUGGAGUUGGACUGUUGGGAUGGGGAGGGAGGGGAGCCUGUUAUCUACCACGGUCACACCCUCACCUCCAAGGUGCUGUUUAGGGAGGUCAUCGAGGCCAUUAACGACUACGCCUUCAAGGCCUCACCCUACCCGGUGUUCCUGUCUCUGGAGAACCACUGCAGUGUGGAGCAGCAGCGCACAAUGUCGGCACACAUGCGGCGCAUCCUCGGCUCCCAGCUCUGCACCGACUCCAACACACCCGACCCCAACCUGCUGCCUUCACCCAACAGUCUCAGGGGCAAAAUCAUCAUCAAGAACAAGAAGCUGCCACCUGAUGUUCUGGAGGAUGAGGUCAGCGACGAGGACGAGGCUGCUGAGAUCGAGGACCCCGAGGUGCAGGCUCGCAUGCAGGCUGAAAAGGAGAAAAGGAGAAAAGAGCUGGAGAAAAAGAAGAAAAAAAUCAAGUUGGCCAAGGAGCUGUCUGACCUGGUCAACGUCAGCCAGGCCAAACAUUUCCACAGCUUCCAACAUUCACAGGAGAAGGACUCAGCCUGCCACAUGUCGUCCAUUACUGAGAGCAAGGCUCUGGACCUGGUGAAGCAUCAGGCGGCAGACUUCAUCACUCACACAAAACGCCAGCUGGUCAAGAUCUACCCAGCAGGCAGCAGGGUGGACUCCAGUAACAUGGACCCGCACCUGUUCUGGGCAGCUGGGUGCCAGAUAGUUGCGAUGAACUACCAGACGCCGUGUGACCAGAUGGACUUGAACCUGGGCAGGUUCCGGCAGAACGGAGGCUGUGGGUACGUCCUCAAGCCGGACGUCCUGAGGAAAGAUUACUUGAAGAUUGACACUUCUGGAAAGAUUCCAGCAAAAUACAGAAAGAACCUGACUGUCAGGGUGAUCAGUAGUUUCCAGCUGCCCAGCCCGUCAGAGAAGAGUACCAGCUGUGCCGACCCGUACGUCAAGGUGCAGGUCUGCGGCAUCCCUGCCGACUGCGCUGAGAAGAGGACGGAGUGGAGAAAGAACAGCGCUUUCCAUUCUGUGUGGAACACAGCGAUGACGUUCCCCCUGGCCCUACCCGAGCUGGCCAUGCUCAGGUUUGAAGUGAAGGAUCAUGACAGCAUGACAGGCAGCGACAUGCUGGGACAGUUUGCACUACCGCUGGACUCUGUACAACAGGGCUACCGUCACAUCCACCUGCUGGAUAAGAGAGGAGCAGACAUCAGCCCGGCAGCCCUGUUUGUCUACAUCAGUCUACAGGCACCAUAAAACAUAAGCUUGGUUCUCACAGUAUAUCACCUGUCUUAACACUUAACACCUGACAGGAAUGCCCAAACAUGAAAAAUUUUCUAUGAAUAUUUCAAACCAUACAAACAACAAACGUUUGCAGCUUUCAAGACGCACUCUGUCUCUUCAUCAACCCGGCAAAGUCAGAUGUCUCUGUCACGUGACUUGAUGUUGAUUGUCAACUGCUAAGAGACAGUCAUAUACGGGCUUGAGGUAGGGACCUCUCCUGUCUUUGUUUAAGGAACUGACUUGUCUGGAUGGGAACAUUAAUAUGAACUUGGUAGGACUUUAAUCACAUAGUCUGUAUCUUGUUAUAUUUUGUCUCAUGGCCUGACAACAAAAAGUGGCCAGCAGGCCGAUUUCCAUAGUUAAUAAUGAGACAAAGGCUUGAUAAACAAUGUAUCAAAAUCAAGAAAUUCAAUAUCCUCUACAGCAAAAAAAUUGCUACAAAUACCGGAGCUGCCUGUGAGUUUCAGUAUGACAUUCAAAGUGUUUCAAAGGCCUUAAACAGAUCAGACAAUAUCCUUUACUCUCACAAACGCUACUCAAACAUCACUAUUUAUGAAUAUUGACAUAGAACUGACGGAAUCAUCAUUAUUAACACUUGUCUGUUGCAUCAUGGAAGAGGAAAUACACUGGCAAACUAUGUGCCCAAAUUUGUUGCACAGGGAAAAGAGUGAAAGAUAACUUUGCAUAGAUUAAUUAGAUAUUCUGUUAAUGACAAUUGUGUUAUAAUAUGAUAUAUAUUAUAAUUUUAUCCAAUUAAAAUAAUUGUGCCUCAGAUCCCAUGUAUCAAUUGCAAUCUCAGAGAGUCUGAGGCAUUGGUUGUAGGUUAUUCUUAUAAGAAUAUGUUACCACACUAUAUGGCUCCAUAUUGUACAUUAAUAAUGGCAUAAUUAUUCUCUCUGAAACUGCUGAUUUUGUUGACUUGAUGUGGUGUGCUUACUGCAUGUAUGUAGUUUCUACUAUUUCUGCAUGGCAUAGAUAGAAAAGCCAAUUUUUAUUGUGACUUGUUGUGGAAAGAAACAGUAUGAUGUGCUUACUGUGAGGUAGGAUGAUAUAGGAACUUUCAUAGUCAGUGGAAUCCUUGGAAAACGUGUCAGUUGCAGACAGAAUUGUGACUUUGUUAUGUUGAAUGGUUAUAGUUGUGCUAUGGCACAGUAAAAUGAGGAAUUAAAUGUGUUGUUAUUGUUAGAAUAUGCUGGAGGUAACAAUGCUCUACAUAGCAUGCUACUUCAUUGGAAAUGUUGCAUGGUGAUAUUCAUUAAUGCUUUCCAAAGCUUACAGCUCAAUCACUAAGUACAUUUGUACUAUGUAGUCCCAUGUAUGAUAAAUUUGGACUGCAACGGUUUUGUUAAAUCUGUGUCAAUUGAUGAUUUUAAAGUCCAUAUAGCCAGCAUGUGUACUGUUAGCAUGUAUGUGAAGAGGAAAGGAAGUAUUUUUGGCACGGAAUUGGUUCAUGUUAAUGCUGUAUCACUAGGCUAUAUGUCAUUGAUUUUAGUACAGAUAGGAUAAAGUCAAAUCCAACCUUUUUGCUUCAAGCUGUUCUUUUGAUCUUGUGUGCUGUUGCUUUUCACCAAAUAUAUUUCUUUGUAAAUUUUGCAAUAAAUGAUGUUUUUGA